AUGUAAUAACUUGACAAUCAAGAAAUAUUAAUGAAGCUUAAAGCUUCUAAAUAAUUCUGGGAUAUUAAAAAGAAAGUAUUUAAUAAUCUAUCUAGAUUAAAUAAGGUUUCAAUGAGUAACUUAAAAUUGGAGUUAAUGAUAUUCAAAAAUUUGCUUAAAGUUGUGAAAUUGAAGACUAGUUAAUUAAAUUAAUAUCUCAUAUUCUUAAAAAAUCUAAAAAAAGAGAAACUCUAAAGGAAGAUUAAAUUGAAUUUCUAAAUACAUCCAAAAUCAAAUGGACAGAAUUAUUAUUUAAAAAUUUAGAUAUUGUUCAUCAAAAAACAAAAAAUUAAGAAGAAGAUGAUACUAAUACCGAUUCUAAAUUGUACAUUUAUGAUGAAAAAAACCUUUUGGCAUUUUUAUAAACUUUUAAAUAAUAAUAAUCUAACUCUCUAUACUAAAAUGUACAAUUUUAAUCUAAUAAACUUUUGAAUAUUAAUAUACCUUUAAAAUCAUCAUAAUCUAUCUUAGAUAAAUAUUAAUAUUUAUUACUCUAAGAAGAAUUACAAGAUGAUAAAAUUAAUAAGAUUAGAAAGUAAAUUGAAAAUGAACAUUUAGAUAUUGAAUUAGAAAAAAUAGCAUAAAAUUUUGUACCUAAUGGAGAAAGAUGUCUUCUUUACUUAAAAUAUUUUGAAUUUGAUCAUUAAGAAACUGUUAUAUAGUAAAACUUUGCAAAAUUAUAAAAAGAAUGUUCAAAUUAACUAUUUUAUGAUGAAUUACUUGAAAUAGAUGGACAUGAGAUUUCUGAAGAUACAUUUUAUUUUGUAUUUUAAGAGUAAAUUCUUACAUGUUUAAAAUGUUUCAUUAGAGAUAAAACAAUAAAAGAAAAUAUAAGAGUAAUAAAAUUAAUAAUAUAUUUUUAGAUUUAAUUAUAAAGUGGAUUAAAAAAAGAAAAUACAGAAUUUCAAUUACCUGUUGCAGGUUUCUUUCCUUUUAAAAACAUAUCUAAAUAUGUUGCACCAAUAUGCUAUCUCUCUACAAAAAUACACAUAAUUUAUGCAUUAUUUAAAGAGUUCUUUUGUAGAUAUUUUUGCUUUUUGCAUUCUAUUUCUUCAGAGAAUAACUCAAUUUUAGCUUUAUGCAUGUAGAUAGAAGAAAUUGUUAGCACACGAUCUCCAAAAUUAUUUCAUCAUUUAAAGGUAAUUGGAUCUGAUACAUUAAAAUUGAUUAUGCAUUAAUUAGUUUAUUGUUUUAUUGGAGAUAUGGAUCCUCCACAUAUUUUAACCAUUUAUGAUUAAAUCAUUGGACAUGAUAGUUUAGAAAUAUUAAUUAUUUUGUGUGUUGGUUUUUUAAAUAAAUAUAAACCUAAGUUAUUGUUAGCUAAGAAUUAUGAGAAUGUUUAAUAAAUUUUUUCAGAAUUAAGGGAAGACAAAUUUUAAGAAUUAGUACAAUUUGCAUAUAAAUAAUGA